AAAUUUUUUCAGAGAAAAUGCCUUCUUUAAAAAUUAUUUUCAUUGUAUUUUUAUUUUAUUUAAAAAUUCUAAAAAUUUCUGGAUUUAUGGUUUUAGUAAAAAUAGAUUGGGAAGGAAAAGAAGAAUGUAGAAAAGGUCAAAAUAAUCGUUUUGAGUUGGAAUUAAAUCAUAAAAAUAUGAAACAAAAAAAGUGGACAAAUAAUUAUGAUUUGGUAUUAUUUCAUGAAGGAAAGGAGGAAAAUUAUUUUUAUAAAAAUUGGAAAAUUGAAUCGAAAAAUAUUUUUGAAUUAAAUAUUUUUAUUAAUGUUCCCCGCAUUGAAAAUGAAAAGGUUUUUUAUGUGUUUAUUUAG